AAAGGUCUUUUCCAACCUAAAUGAUUCUGUGAUUCUAUGUCUUGUUUCUCUACUUAAGAUAGCCUCGUGCUGCGCUUCUGCCAGGGUGCUCUGCCGUUUGCUUUGUUCGCUCUCUGAUCCUUUCUCCACGAUUUAUUUUUAGUAGUGCUUAGCAAACGAUUAAAAAUUACCACGAGGUGUUUGACUUGAGAGAUUCCUUCGGUUUCUUCUGGAAAUUUGUGGGCUAUUUUUGGCGCUCAGCCGGCGGGAGAUGAGGCGUUUGGUAUUUUAGCAGUUAAGCUGAAAUGCUUGAGCAAGAGGAUGAAACUGCAACGUGAUACAGUGGAGUCCUAAAAGCUUAGCUGGGUCUUGCUUGCUGCUAAUUGUAAUUUAAGCUUGCAAUUCAAAGGCUGAAAGCAAUGUUUGCCUAAGAGAGGAAUGGGAAAAUAAAAAUCCAGUUUCUGUAGGAUUCUCCGUUCCAAGUUGCAGUUUCUAAUUGUAUGCUCAUAGUUUUCGUGUUCAUUUUUUACCCCACUCAGAACUGCAUUGACAACCGGAGCCGUGCAUGGCAAUAGUGUAUGUAGUACGUGACCAGAAAACUGGACUUUUCAGCCUGUUCUUUUAUCUUCGGAAAACAUGCUAAAGCCAGCUGUAGUAACUCGAAGAGCUGCACGCUUUCAUUGGUGGGAAAACCAAUUUGCAAUCUCGCUAGCUUAAAAAAUAGUUCUACCUGUGUACGUACCUGCCCUGCAUCACCCCGACGGGCUUUUGAGAACUCAGGGCUUCAUCCUCAAAAAUAUCUGCAAGCCAGAGGGAUCUAACUUCUCCAAUGGAUUGAGGGACACAGAUCGAAACUAAAAGCUUUAGACUUCAUGUCUUUCAUCUAGCUAGGUUCAAAGUCUGUAUUUGUUGCCCAAAGAGAAGCAAUUUGAUUUCCCUGCGCACCCCCCCCCCAAUAUUUAAUGCCCAUUAACUUCAGUUAGAGCAAUUGGUAUUAAAAAAAAAAAAUCCCAAAUUGGUGUCACAACAUAAUGAUACCCAGUGCAUGUAGGUGACCUGCUAAUGAAUCCAGUGGAUUUGUGGAUUUUUUUUUUUUUUUUUUUUUGCUUUUGCUAAUAUUAGGGUGAAUAAGGGGAGAUUUUAAUUUCUUUUUGCUUUAAGGCAUUCAGUUGUGCUUGAAGACCAGAGAUUGUCAGCAGUGUUUGUCAUUAGUGCAGAAAUGUAGAAGAAACACUACCAAGUCCUGCGUUUAAGUAGUUUGAGUAUCGAAAUGCAAAUAUUUGUUGAGGUUGUAACUUCAGUAACUCAUUUAAACGAGUGUCUUGUUUCAGCCUCGUCGGAGUGGGGCUGGGAGGCAGAGCGCUGCCUGCCUCUCUGCCGUUCCCCUUCCUGGCUACUGUGCGGGCGAGCGUAUGGCUCGAGCGAGCAGCCUGGAUGGAUCACGAGAAGUCUAAAAGUUAAUUUUCAGGAGUGUUUUUUAGGGCUGGACACACUGGAUUCUUUAUUCCAACAGAAGCUGAAGCCAGGAAUCAGUUUUUCAUGUGUUUCCUCCUCUGUGGCUGCUCACGUUGAUGCCUGCUUGCCCCGACCUCGCUCAUCCAGAGACGCUGAAGGAGCGAUGAGGUGCAAUGAGCUGACGUUGAGCACAUCUGCCCAUACGAAGCAAUUGCGUGAUGUGAAAUUCAGAAAGCUGCCAAACCAUCAACUUAAUUUGUUGAGCGGAGAGCGGAGCGAGAGUCGAGCAGAUCUCUCUUUGUGGAGAACCUCCGAAGCAGCUGCCGAAUCCACCCUGCAGCCGCAGGUCAAGCUCAGACGGAUUGCCCACCCAUCUACGUGUCGUGGAUUUCUAGCCCGCCUUGGCAAAGGGCAGGACAGCCGCUUUGAGGUAUGGCUUUGUUGAGUUUGAUGAUCUGCGAGAUGCAGACGAUGCUGUUUAUGAGCUAAAUGGUAAAGAUCUUUGUGGGGAGAGAGUGAUCGUUGAGCAUGCCAGAGGCCCACGUCGUGACAGCAGUUACGGUUCUGGACGCAGUAAGCACUAACAUGCAUUUGUAUCCGUGACUUAUUUUAAAUAAAAUAUUUUUUGCUCAUUUUUUUUAAAAAAGUAAUUUUAAAAGAAAAUGAUAUCAAGUUGUGAAUAGUGUUCUGUAACUGUAAAUGUAACUGUUGAUCUGAAUAUUUAUUAACUUGUUUGCUGUAUUAAACUAUUUUAAUCGAUAAAUUAAUAAACACAAUUUCUUGUACCAUUUUUAUUAUUAUCAUUUCGUUUAACUAUUUGAAUGGUUUUAUUUUGCAAUGUGAUGUUUAACAUAGAUUUAACAAAGACCUCAAUGUUUUAAUUAAAAGAGUCCUUUGAGGCUAAGAUGACUGCCCGUUCCAUUUGCUGACCUUGGGUUACCUUUCCAUGAGUGGCUCUUUGACCUUUGUGGCCCUUGGCUGACCCAAAAAGGAAGCCAUGUGACGACCGCAACCUUUUCCCAUUAGACCUGGGUGGUGAGGACCCCAAGGGUUAGAGACAGAUGAGAUUAAUCUGAAAUAGGUGCCUGAAAAGCUUUAUUCAUGUCAGAUAUUCAGAAAACCUUUAAGCAAUGUGGAUAUGGUUAUAGAAGAAGCGGAAGAGAUAAGUACGGUCCUCCUACCCGUACAGAAUACAGAUUGAUUGUGGAAAAUUUGUCAAGCCGCUGCAGUUGGCAAGAUCUUAAGGAUUAUAUGCGUCAGGCAGGGGAAGUGACAUAUGCAGAUGCACACAAAGGAAGGAAAAAUGAAGGUGUGAUUGAGUUCAAAUCCUAUUCUGACAUGAAAAGAGCCCUUGAAAAGCUGGACGGGACAGAAGUAAAUGGCAGAAAGAUUAGAUUAGUGGAAGACAGACCUGGAUCGAGACGGCGCCGCUCUUACUCCAGAAGCCGAAGCCAUUCGAGGUCUCGCUCUCGAAGCAGACAUUCUCAUAAGAGCAGGAGCCGCAGUGCCAGUAGUAGUCGCUCCAAGAGUAGAUCAAGAUCCAGGUCUGUGUCCCGUUCCAGAAGCAAGAGCCGUAGUCGAAGCAAGAGCCGUAGCAGAGGCCAAAAAGAGAAAAGCAGGACUCCAAGUAAAGAGGAUAAAAGUAGGAGCCGCAGCAGGAGUGCAGAGAAAUCCCGAAACAAAAGUAAAGAUAAAUCUGAGGGCACUCUCCAUAACAGUGAUGAGAAAGCAAAGAGCAGGAGCCGCAGCAAGGAAAAGAGUAGGAGCAGGAGUGGGAGCAAGGACAGGGAAGAGAUGAGGGAGAGCAUGAGGAGUAGGAGCAAGGAGAAGAGUAGAAGCAAAGACAGGGAGAAGAGCAUUAGCAAGGCUAGAAGCAGGAGCAAGAGUAGGGAUGAGAGUAGGAGCAGGAGCCACAGUAAGGAUAAAAGGAAAAGUAGGAAGAGAAGCAGGGAUGACAGCAGAAGUAGAAGCAGGAGCCGCAGCAAGAGUGAGAAAAGCAAGAGGCGCAGCAAGCGAGACAGCAAACCAAGUAGCAAGAAGAAAAGGAAGGACAGCCGCGAGCGGUCCAGGUCAGCCUCCAAAGAAAAGGAGCAUCUAAAAUCAGAUUCUGACAAAAAGGAGGCAAAAGGCGAGGGUGAGGAUGCAGCAGCACAUCGGGUGUCUCGCUCCAGGUCUAGGUCGAUUUCCAAGUCAAAACCAAAUGUCAAAUCAGAUUCUCGUUCCAGGUCUAAAUCUGUUUCAAAGCCUAGGUCCCGGUCCAAGUCUAGAUCUAGGUCUGCCUCUAGGUCACGUUCCCGAUCACGGUCAAGGUCUCGCUCCAGAUCUUAACCUUGCUGCAACCACACUUGGAACGGUUGGAAAAGUCUUUUGUACAUGUUCAGUAGUUGUAGCGCAAGUGAUUGAAGUAGAAAACCUGUCGAUGCUGUAUAUUUUUAACAACCCUGAUGGCAUGUCUGUCCCUGUUAGCUGCAGCGCUCCCGCCCUGUGAUGCUCUCUGGUGCAAGGCUGUUCGGCUCAUUUUCUAUCCUAUAGGAAGGUUCUAUUUAAAUAUAACUCUUCCGAGAGCACCAAAACUGCCCUGUUUUCCAGGAGGAGCCUCGCAGCGCGCGAGCACUGCACCCCGGUGGGUUUUUGAGGUUGCAGUGAUGGCUGAUAGGUAGGUACGACGGCUUCAGCAGUCUUUGCCCUUGAAUUGAUGUCCUUCAAUGUACACCAUUUAGUGGAAGUGCUAAGUCUUAAGUUUCAUACUACUUUUGUUUCAUAUUUUUUGGACUUACAGAGUUGUGAAUAGCACAGUCAAAAGGAGAAAAAAAAAAAGGUACUUGCAGUAAUCCAUAGGGAAAAGAAGUAUAGUUCCAUAUUC